UUGCUUUUAUAUUUUUCAGCAAUCAUACUGUUAGUUAGAUGUUUGUUAGAAGCAUAUAUUGUUGGGAAUUUUAAUAUCUUUCUGUUCCAUGUCGAUUCCUAUUUUUAACUGUUUCUACAUUUUGUGUUAGUCACAUAAAAAGAGUAUGUCGAGCCUCGCUCACACGCCAUCUGGUCGCCGUCGAACUGAAAGGGGACAUAGUGCUGAAGAUGAAACACUAAGUCAAAUAGCAAAAGAGGCUGAAGCUCGAUUAGCGCAGAAACGAGCCGCUCGAAUUGAAGCUAGGGAAAUACGAAUGAGAGAACUUGAACGACAGCAACGUGAAGCUGAGGAAAAAGCUGGGAAGGACGGUGAUGAUAAAACAUCCAAAGUUCCAUUGCUAAAUAAUAAUAAUCAUGUUGGACUGUCAUCUUCCAUAUCAAUGUUAUCUAGACGAAGCAGUGAUGAUUCUUUAUCUGCUUCUGAGCCAUCAGUGAGAGAUAUGAGAGAUUCUCUUUCAGAAAUAGAAGAGAAGUAUAAACAAGCUAUGGUACAAAAUGCACAGCUUGAUAAUGAACGCACACAACUUAAUUAUAGAGUUGAACAACUCAAGGAUUUCAUGGAAGAACAAGAAGAUAAAUUUUAUAGACUUAAAAAAGACUACAAAGAGAAGUCGCAGGAGUUAGAAAAUAAUAAAAGAAUGAAUUCAGCUUUACAAAAAAAAUAUGAAGAUUCGCAAGAAGCUUUGCGACAAAGGGAUGAGCUAAUUCAAGAGCAAGGUUUAGUCAUGGUUGGCGGAAACAUGGCCGUUGAUGGUGAAGUUGAUAGUGAUGAUCCUGAUGGUCUCCAUAACCAUCGAUAUACUCUUCUAACACAAGAAGCUGCUCAAGUUUUACAGUCGGCCGGUGAUGGUCCGCUUGAAGUACGAUUGAAAAAGUUAGCGGAAGAAAAACAGACUCUUAUUGACCAGGUCCGCAGGCUUGAACAAGAACUUGAUGAGGAACGAAGUAAAGAUGGUGCUGUGAAUGGAUCUUCAAAGGUCGAAAAUGGAGUUUCCGAUAUGAUGUUGCUUGAAUUGCAAAGGGAAGCGGGAAAGCAAAUUAGCGAUUACAAAUUUAAAUUACAAAAAGCUGAACAAGAAAUUGGGUCUUGUCAAGCAAAUAUUAUUCGUCUUGAAACCCAAUUACAGCGGUACAAAGCAACAGCUGAAGUUUUAGAGAAAAGUGAAGAUGAAAUGAGGGCGGAGAAAAGAAAACUCCAACGAGAUUUACGAGCAGCUCUUGAUCGAAUAGAAGAGAUGGAAAUGACUACAGCUCAUCUCGAAAAGCGUCUGGAAAAAAUGAGGGCUGCGAGAAAUGCACAAGCAAAUCAGACAUGACGGCAUAGUGACAUUCAACAGAAUCAAACGACUGUUGGGUUAAGCAUGUUGCUCCGCUUAUGUGUGGUACACCAUUGCCAUCCCAUAGAUAAUCGGCUUAUCGGACAUGGCCUGCCUCCUAUAAUAGUCAAUUGAACUCACAUGCCACUGCUGCAAACUGAAUCUAAUUUUUCAUUUUCAAUGACUGUAAUAUUUCAAAUCUCUUUUCCCCAUAUCAUUGUCUGUCCUACAACACCUGAAGAGAGUAGUGGUUGCCUAUUAGAAAUAGUGUCCUGUUUGAAACAUUGUAGCAUAUUCUCCUGAUUUUGGCUCUGUUAUCUAAAUGGAAAAUCUAUUUAUUAACCCAGAAUGAGUUGGAAAUAUUGUUGUUAGCCACCUAUCUACCAUAGCUCACUUGUAUUGUCAGUAAAGGCACAAAGCAGUGGUUGGGGUUGAAUUUCUGGACAUCCACAAAUCUCCUUACAUUACAAAUCUGAUUUUGAAUUCUCCGCACAAAUAGAUCAACAAAAUUAAAUAUACAUAAUAUGGCAAUAUAUAUUCUAUUUAUAAUAUUUGACAAAAAUCCUGCGUUUGUGUAUACAUAAAUUUCAUUUAUGGCACAAUAAUUGUAAAAUUUCUUGAUUGUCCAUUUUUUUGAACAAAGAUAUUGUGGCACUUUAUUUUGAGGCAUGUCAAUUACCCAGUAACUCAAGACGUAGUCUUUUAAUGUAUGUUAAUAAAUAUUAAUUAUGCAGCCUACCAACUUCCAAGCAAAAAAAGUUAAUUUCCAUUAGCUUCAGAUUUUAAUGUUUACAGGAAAAUAGAUAAAGUAUAGGGAACUACUUAUUUGGAAGAUGUAAGUGAGAAACAAAUGUCGGUGUGCUAUUAAAAUAUGCUACUCAGUAUAAAUGUAUGCUAUUCAGUUUAUUAGAUCCAUACAUGACACUCACAAUAUUUAUUCUAUGAUUGGAUCAUUUUACUUGCAUGCUGAGCAUGUGCUUUAGUACUAUAAAUGCCUUGGAUGGCACUAAUAAUAUUAUUAAUCUCUUCGGCAGGCUAUGCCGCUGCAAAGUUGCACACAAGGUUCCCUUGCCUGAUUGCUUAUUAUUUUUGUGAUUAUUUUUUCUUGUUUUUGAAGUUUCAUUGCUUUCUGUUCAGGUUGGAAUGGUUUGUUUGUGUUAAAAUAUUGACAUUUAUGAGUAUAUGUCAAUCACUGUAUGUUUUUAUAGGUAAACAUGACAUCCAAUCAGGAAAGUAUGUAAUAUUCGGACAGUAGGAACAGUUAAAAUUGCACUGCUGCUAUGAGUCCCUAUUUGACUAGGUUUUCUAUUUUAAUUUUUGGAUAGUUUAGUACUGGUAUUCUGGAAUAAACAGUAAUUACCAUAUAUCUUCGCAUAUAAGCGGAUCUCGUAUAUGAGCCAACCCCCUGGAAAAGGCUCUAAAACGGUGAAUUUAUCAGAAUUCGGCCUAGAAGCCGACCCUACAAAUCGUGUGCUAUUAUUGUGAGAACUUAGCAUGGCUCGAGUUGUAGCUGUUGGAAUUAAGUCAUUUCGUUCGAGUGCGAUCAGAGUUAUGCGUGUAGAAGCCGAUACCUCAGUUUGGCAAAUUUUUUUGAGUUUUAAACUCAACUUAUAUAUGAGGACAUAUGGUAUCUGUAUUAAAAUUCUUGAUACCAUCUUUUUCUGGGAGAUUUUGUUUGGAUUUAAUUUAUAGCACAUUCAUAACAGCAACUCAUUUUUCUGACUGGGCUUUUUCAUGGGUAUUAUAGAAAGAAUAAUUUAAAUCUGGGAUGAAAAUAGUCAAAUUUUAUUGCUCGAAUGCUUUAGAGACUGAUUUACAUUGAAAUUUAUAAUCAACUAAAUCUACACUUUGGUGGUUUAUACUAUGUACAUUACUUGAAAUCAUCACUCAAAAAAUAUGGUGAUCUUUUGAUAGAAUAAACAAACAUGGUGAUUGGUGUUUGAAGUCAAAGCUGUAUUCUAUUAUUUAGUUUUCAUUUGGAGUGUAAUUGGCAAUUUCAAUAUUACCUGAUCUAUAAUAUAUCACAUGGAUUUGGUCCAUCCAUUCAUGAUAACAGAUUUUGUUCAUUUUAACCUGGUCUUUUGAUUGAUUUUGUGCAUGUAAUAAAUGUGUAUGAUAUUUUUAUUUGGAAAUUGCCUUAUUCUUUGUAACAUUCAGUAAUUGGAAAAUUGACAAUCAUUGUGAAUAUAAAAUUCCCUAUGUAUGUAAGCUUUGUAUCUUUAGCCAAACUAUUAUUACAAUAUUCAUUAUUCGAUUAUAUUCUUUUGGUUGUUCGAUUCAUUUUUCUUUUUGGAAUUUUGAUGAAUUUUAUGUUGUGUGCCUGUAGAAUAUGCCUCAAGCAUGAUUAAAGCACAUUUUUAAGUCAAUACUCGGAACAAAAUAUAAUUUGGUGUGUCAUGUUCCAAUAUAAGAGAUUCAAGCUUAUGAUGGUAAAGGCAAAUUUACGAAUCUUGUCACUGCAUGAAUUUUCAAGUGCCCUAUUGUCUUUCAAGUGCUUAAGAUACUGGGAAAUGGUUUUUACCACCAUAGUGCACUGGGUUUAUUAUAUCCAUAUAGAUUUGUGACGAAAGAGAAUGUUGCGUUCAUGCCAGUGCCUCAUAUAAGAGAUACCAAAACAAAAUUAUCAGUGUUUAAUCUUGUGAUGGAUAUAUUAGGACUAAAGAUGUUUGGAACAAAAUUUGUUUUUGCCUGAUCGAUAUGGAAAAGAUUAUAUAUCAUAGAUUUUUAUUUCGAUUUGGAAUAAUUUGACUGGUCCCUUGUGCUGAAAUAUAACAGUGAUAUUGAUAUUAUGCACUUAAUCAUAUCUUGUUUCAUAUAUUGGCACUGCAUCUUUUUUGGUGAUUGAAUAAUUACCUUACAAUACAAUUAUUUAUCCAUAGCUUGAAAUGAAGUUUUUUUUGUGGUUGAUUUUAAUUGGUAUAUCUUGUGAAGUACUGCAAAGAUUUUCAUUUCAUUUUGACUAUAAUUAUUAAUGUAUUUUUUAUGCCUACGUUUUGGGAUUAACUAUUUUUCUGGAACUGCUCUUGAUCUGUUAUUAUCUGUCAAUUUCUAAAGGAGGAUAAAGAUUUUCUUUGUUAGUAUUGUCUAGUAAAUCUCUUGGCAUAAAGAUAAUUUUUUCGUAAAUCGUUUCAGACUAAAAUUUGAUUCUAUUGGACUCAUAUUAUUGCCAUGAAAAAAUCAAUUAGGAAAAAUUGUCUGAUUAUUAUAUCACAAAUCACUAAACUGCAAAAUGGAAUUCCGUCCAAGGAGAGUGUUAAAAUUAGUAGUAUAUUGGAGUUUGAAUUUCUGUUUUCUCAUCUGUUCACAUAUGUUUGGACUUUGGAGUUAUUGUUCUAAACAGAACAGAAUAAUACCUGAAUUAAGUACGGUAGUUGCAUUUUUACUGCCUUUUUCGACUCCAAAUUUUUUGAAUAUCACUUUACCUGGUUAUAUGAAGAAUAAAAUAUUGUUUGUGAUUCAACCUACAGAAUGUUUCUCCAUAUGAACAUGUUAACCUAGAAUACAUGUGUAACAAAAAAUAUUUCAAAGUCUUGAUUCAGCAUUUUAUGAAUAUCAGAUAUUUGUGAAUGUGUGUUUUUAAUCCAAUUUAAAUAAGAGAAACAAGUAUCGGUUAGUAUUCUGCUUUCGAAUAUGGUUCUUCUCUGACUUUUCUAGUAUUGUUAGUAUAGGAUAUUUGUAUCAUAAUACUUUGAGUCAUUGUAUAGACCGAGAUGCAAUUCAUAAUGACUCAAUCGUUUGAUCCCUCAAUUUCUGAUAAUCCGCAUAUAAUAUCUGCAUUGACUUUUUAUUGACAUGAAUUUUGUGCGUAUUUGUGCUUGAUCUUUGCAGUUCCAACUAUUUCCCAAUGUUAUGACUCUUUCUGUUUGUUCCAAUUGUCUUUUUGCACCAUCACGAACUUCAGUUUUUGUUUGUUCGAUCAGAAAUACAAUAUUGAAGAAUUUGUCCAAUGUCUGCAUUUAAAAUGUUUUUUCUCGAAUAGUAGUUUAAAAAAAUGUUAUCAUGAUUUUGUGAACUGAACUUUGCAUUUUUUUAAAAUGUUCGAACAACAUUGCCGUCUGCAGCUGCUGGUCUUUCUGCGAUGCAAUGAAAAAUUCUGAAUAUUCUUGAUGGUGUUUUGUUUCAUGAGUACGCAAGAUAUUGUUAUAUUGUAGUCGAUUGUAACGAAGAUUUUUAUUCCUGUUUUAAAAUAAAUAAG